AGAAAGUGGCAGUGGGGAGGAUAAAGGGACCGGGAGAGGGAGAAGAGAAGGAUAUAGAGGCGAAGGGAGAGGGUUACGGGAUGAAUUAAAGAUAGAAAGGGAGAGAGUUGUGGUGGGGGGAGAGGGUGGAGAGUUCACCAGUGGAAGGGAAGGGUAGUUUUGUGUGUGUGAGAGAGAGAGAGUGCAGGGAGAUAGCGGUAUAAAUCUGGGCGCCUACACUCUCCUCCGGUGCAGUGAGUGGGGAGCGGGCCGACUUUAGCAACUCCGCAAGUUUUGUCCCAACUGUUGCAGCCUUCUUGCUGACGGAGACGACGGACAGUGAGAAGAGGCUGAUGUUUGAUUAUUUGGAUGUUCCUACCCAAUCCUGUUGAAUCCCAAGACCACAAUGAGUGAAAUCGUAAUAGAUAAAUCCAAUUUACCUCGGGUGCGAGAAGUGUGCCGUGGCUUUGCAGUGUUGGAGGACGGAGCGUUGGCACAUAACCUUCAGGAGCAGGAGAUUGAGCAGCACUACGCCUCGAACAUCGAGAAGAACAAGCUGGUGCGGCAGGAUGUCUGCGUGGCCAAGAAGCUGCAGGACGAGGAGGAGCUGGAGGCCAGGCACUACAGCCGGGAACACCAGCAGCAGAUUGAGGAGCUGGAUUCCCAGUACGCCAAGGUUGUCCAGGAGGAGAUCGAGAAGCGGCUUGAAGAGAGUCUGCGGCGGGAGGCGCAGGACAAGGAGGUGGCCCGGAGGCUGCAGGAGGAGGAAGAGCUGAGGAACCAGAGGAGACUCACACUGGAGGCUGAGGUGUACGGAACCAGACAAGAGGCAUACCGACAGAGGGGGAAGAAACUGUGGCGUGGACAGGAGGGGCACUCCCUGGACCGGAAGGUUGCAGAGCUGAAUAUCAGAGAUGAGUAUGGCGUUGAUGAGGAGCAGCUGCAGAGGGACGAGGCACUGGCCCGUCUCCUACAGGAGGAGGAAGAAGUGAGGAUGAUGCAGCUGAAAUCAAGGAGCCAAAAGAAUCAAGAGGAGGACUUUCGCACUGCCCAGGUUGCACAGGAUGAGGAAAUUGCCCGGUACAUCCAAAGACAGGAGCUGAAAGCCCACAAGCAGUCCAAGGAGCUCAGGAGAGCGUGCUCCGGAGAUGGCGACAAUUCCCCGGAGAGGUGGGAAAGGCGGAGUCGAAUGGGCUUCUCUCGCCAGGAGCGGCUAAAUUCGGAAGGAUUCCCAUCUCCCAGUGGUGGGCAGAGUCCAGAGCGAGGGUCGUCACCAACGGAACAGUUGCAGCAGUCAAGAUACCUGUUUCCAAGAAAUGUCGCUGAAGAGAUAGAUCCAACCUUUAAAACCAAAAAUGCCAAGUGUUCGCCGGAGACAGUCCGUCCUGUUCCACCAGGGCUGCCUCGCUCCCGUGCCGUGCCACCAGACGGUUUCUACGACUACCUGGACGAGCCCUCCGAGCCCGCAUUUGUCCCGCCGACCCGGCGGCAGGAAGAGAGGUUGGCGAGACAGAAAUCAAAGGAGAAGAAGGAAGGGUGUAAGCAGCAGUGAGAGAGGCCCACGCCGUACCCCGGGCUGAAAUGCUGCUCCGCCUGAGAAGAUCCUGUCACAUACUUGUGCACAAGUGCCAUGCAUAUAUAUAACUAUACGUGUGUGUGUGUGUGUGUGUGUGUGUGUAUGUACACACACACACACACACACACACACACACACACACACACACUUCUCUCCUCGUAUAAACUCCAGGUUUCCGUUGCACACUUUGCUGGAAGCUGUCCAAGUAGCUGCGUUAAUGGCUCCGGAGUCCGCAGCUGUAGGCUGUCCUGCAUCGCUUGUCUCACCGAUUUCGAUAGAUCUGCACCUAUAGGCUCUGGUCCAAUAACCCAGAGAUAGCAAAAAGCAGCCGGCAUUCUGACACUGGCAGCAGUCUGUUGCCCUUCAGUAUCAGUGACGGGAGGAGAGCCAGGGGUGGGGGGGUGGUUCAUUCCCCAAGUGCAAGAACCAGCCUAACGUUUGAGUGGCUAGCAACAUGGAAGUGGUCAUUGGUGAGACCGAAAGGUGCAAAUUUAUGUGCCCCUUUCUCAUCCUUUCUGUUCACAUGGGUCUAAGUGUCAAACAGGCUGCGUGCCCCUGGUCCUGAUGGAAGUGCUUGUUGUAACUCUCCCCUGUAUACAGUGCCCAUAGCUGAAAGUGAGAGCCGAGGGGAGGAUGGCAUCUUCUCACCUCUGGCCUUGAGCGCUCCUGAAUGAGGUAAAGAAAGCCCCCGCCCCCUCCCCAUACCUUUCCUCUCGAGUACGGACAGGUAUGAUGGAGCCAGGGACAGGCCGGAGAUCCUCCCAGCCUUGUCGCACACCGACAGUGCCCAGACUUGCCACCAGAGGCCGCACCAACUGGGACGAACCAUCGCCAACUCGUCCCUGCUGCUCACCACUGGAGAGGUGCCCCCCCAACUUUGCAGAGACCCUCAGUGAGUGACCUGCCACAUCACCUUCUCUAUCACAAUCCGAAGAAGCUGGCCCCAAGGGCCGAACAUUCCAGUCAAUUAACUUUCGCCUGUUUGGGUGUAUUUAAUGAAGUUAGAACAUCUUUCUUGAUCGUUAUUCUGGACAUUGAAAGAGAGCUGUAAUCUGUAUCGGGCCUGUGCUGUACUUGUCCCAGGGGUGUUCGAUGGGAUCAGUGAGGGAGAAUUUUGCUAUGUACCCAGUCUCUGUUUCCAAGCCCGGGAAUGGUUCAAAAAACGUAAAUUGCUUUGCAGGAUAUCUCACUGCCUGUAUUUUCAGCUAUUGCAUUUAUUUAUUUACCUGUUACCUUUAACCUGUAAGUUGGCUCAGUGUGCCAGCACUUGGGGUGGCAUCUCGAAUGUCCAAGUUUUGUAUUAUUAGUAGGGCCAAUAAAGAGUUUGUAGACCUGUACACAUUCUAACAGGUGGAA